GCGCGCUCACCUUGAAUGAAAGUUCUGGCCUGUUGCGCUCAGCGCGGGAGAGCGAGAGCGCGAUAGGGGCGGAUAGGGAGAAAGAGAAAGAGACGGGGAGAGAGCUGGGAGAGCCAUGAGAUCUGAUCAGUGUAAAUGGCAGUGCGAUCAAGAACCUGAGACACCUGAGCUGCUCUCUACCUGUGCGCCGGUGUGUGUGCGUGCUCCUGUCCGUGUGUUCGAAGAGAAAGAAGAGAGUGCUGGGCGUGCUGGUGUGUGCGUAAGGCCGUGUAAUGAAAUGCUGAAAAGUCUAUCUGUCUGCGCAGUCGCUGCUCUGCCGCUGCCGCUGCCUUCAGAAGCCUCUAACGACAUCGACAUUGAAGUCGCACCGCGACUCAUCCGUAGUUUCAGUUUCCCGUAAGCAACAAAACGAUCGAGACAUGAUUUCGUAAGACGCACGCGUUACGCUUCUACUUGCUUCAAGACAGCAAAGAGACCACUGAUCCACCAGACUCUGCAACACACACCCACCCACUAAAAGAUCUGAAAUUAGCAAUACCCAGAAGCUCUAACCCCCUUCGAAGUGUUUUGUGUGCAUCAAAAAUUGACAAAAGUGACGUCCACCUAGACUGCCCUUAGAAAUGCAAAUUAAAUUCCCACUAGACCUAAGCAAAUUAGUUCAAUCCCCCAGCCAGUGCAUUUGUGUUCCAAGAAUAUAGUUUGCUAACUAUAUUCGAAAAGUUCAAGAAUAACAAAGUGUCUAUUACAAUUGAAACUUAAACAGCCAGCCACCACUUUUCGGCUUCGGAUUGGAUUUAUUGCGUAAUGGAUUUACAUUUAGCCGCAACAUUAGCAGCAACCUCAGCAACACGGAACGGAUAUGCAUUUAAACACUGAACAUGAUCAAGUGAAACUUCAACCACAAACAACUAGCAGAAUAAGCAGCAACCACUGAAACCCCUAUAUAUAUAUUCAUAUAUAUAUAUUAACCAGCAUAUAUAUAGCGUUAGCUGAGCAACAAUCUAGCUAUAGUCGCCAUGCAUGGACAUCACAACCACAACCAUCUGCAGCAGCAGCAGCCACAGAAUCCGCAGGAUCAGCAGCCGGGAGCCAUCAUGAAGGCAGCCAACCAUCCGCAGCCCCACCACCCACUCAGCCACCCACAUCCGCACCAGCAGCACCCCCACGCCCAGCCACAUCCGCAUCCCCAUCCACACCACAAGCUGUCGGCGAGAAGGGCGCGCAGUCGCAGUCGAAGUCGCAGUCCGUCGCCGGAUGGCAACCAGGACUACGAUGUGACCCGGAUGCGGGAGGAGGACUUCCAGCGGCUGGCCGUCUACCUGGUGCCGGAUGUCCAGGCGGAGCGGGGACUGCCCAACCGGGCGGACAAGACGCUGCCGCGCAGCCUGACGCUCAAGUCAUCCAUGGUCUACUCAACGCCAAAUGUUAAGACUGAAGGAGUUUGGAGCAGCGGGGUCAUCCCACGUGGCACUCGCUUCGGCCCAUUCGAAGGCAUUCCAACCUCAAACUAUCCCAAUGAUAAGAAUAAGGCUCGCUAUUUCUGGCGGGUGCAGGGAACACGCCACAUAACUUACGGGAAUAUUAAGAUCUUCAAGGACGACGACUACUAUUAUCUGGAUGGCUCGGAUCGCUCGCAGUCCAAUUGGAUGCGCUACGUGGCGUCCGCGUACAGUCUGUCCGUGAUGAACCUGGUGGCGUGCCAGCACCAGGAGAACAUCUACUUCUACACCACCCGCGACAUUCUGCCCAACGAGGAGCUGAUGGUGUGGUACUGCAAGGACUUCGCCAGUCGCCUGGGCUACGACGUGGAUCCCGAGACGACGAUCUUCGGCGCCUGCAAGCAGGCGGUGGAGGCGGAAGAGGAGGUCGACGAGGAGGAGGAGGAGGCGGAGGGCGAGGAUGGCAAGCCGCGAUACUCGAUGCCUGCCCCGGAAAUUCCCGCCGAUGUGGCCGUGAGUCACAUCACCUACGUCAUGGGUCUCCAUCUGCCGGUGGGAGCGGGAAAUGGCGCAGCGAAUGGUGCGGUUUCUGUUUCCGGUGCCACCCCUCCGCCCCCCACUGCCACGCAAUGCUGCCGCCGCUCCAGUCCACCCGCCCAUGUCAGCACCACCACCUCCGCCUGCAACUCCCACCACCCACACAUCCAGCAUGGACGCCACGCCUCCGUGAUCAUCGGCCAGGAUCGAUCGCCUCUGGCCAGCAGCGACAAGGACACGGCGGGCUCCCCCCUCUCCGGCCUGGACCACCAGAUGACCCCGCAGGAUGGCAGCGUGCGAUCGGUGCGAUCGGAUGAGGGCUACCACAGCAACGAGUGCCACGAGGAUGGACUCACGCCGCCCGAGGAUUCCAGCGACAGCGAGAGUGAGCACAACUAUGUGCUGGACUGUUCGAAGAAGGCGAUCGCCCCCAAGGAGACGGUGAUUGCCCAGGCCCAGAAGCCCAGCAGUUCGCCACCGGCUGUGGUUAUGGCCAACACCACCACUAGUGCGAUCAACAGCCAUAGCUCGCCCACGGCCACGCCCAUUUGCGAGUCGGACAAGAACGAGUACAGGAAGUUCAAGGUGAAGAUGCCGCUGAAGUACGAGUUCAAGAACAAGAGCUGCGUGAAGCAGGAGCCCAGUCUGAAGGAGGUGGAUCAGGAGAUGUCCCUGCCGCAGGAGGAGGAGGAGGAGCAAGUGAUGCACCCGGAACCCGACUCCAUUUGCCCCUCGACCACCACCCACCUGGGCGAUGAGCAUAUGCUGAUGAUGGAGAGGGAGCGGGAGAGGCAGAGGGAAAGAGAGCAGGAGAGGAUUCAGGAGCGCGAGCAAUCGAACCAGCAGCCCGCCUCCUCCACGGUCAUUGUCCUGGAACACAAUUCCGGUGGCCAGGCCCGCACCAUUGUCCCACUGAGCAAACCCUACUACGAACCAGAUCCCCCGGGCGAACGCUAUCUGCGAUUUGGCCAGCCCUCGUCGAGCAUCCUGGAGACCAUCCUGACCAGCCAGCAUCGUCUGGAGGCGGCGGCAGCAGCGGCCAAUGCCUGUCGGCAGGCCAAUGCGGCCACGCCCCCUCCCACCUCGCCCACGGAGAUGGCCUACAGCUACAAGAAGUCCCAGCGAUAUGGCAAUGCGGUGAGUCCGGACAGCAGCUCCAACCUGGGCCAGAAUCCCGAGCAGCUCUCCUCGUCGGCCGUGGUGGUGGGUGAUCAGGAAAUGACCAGAGCCACCCUGAUCAAGGGAGAGUGCUCCCCACCACCGCCCAGCCACCAUCACCACAACGUGAUCUUCUCACCCUCGAGGCAUGCGGCGUACUUGGGAGCCGGCGAGGCGGGUGGUCACUCACCAAGUCCGGGAUAUCCUGGUUACCCCCACUACGGAGCAGCAGCCACCUCGACCUUCCACUCGCCGCCGCACAGUUCCCAUUCCCCCUUCGACCGCCAGUCGAAUGCCUCGAGCGGAGCGGGCUCCGCCUCCAACUUGCAUUUGUUGCAGACCAGCACCCAGAUGCUGAAUCACCCGCUGAUGCAGCCGCUCACCCCGCUGCAGCGCCUGUCGCCCCUGAGGAUCUCGCCGCCCAGCAGCCUGAGUCCCGACGGCAACUCCUGCCCGCGCAGUGGCAGCCCGCUGAGCCCCAACUCCCUGGCCUCCAGGGGCUACCGAUCGCUGCCCUAUCCCCUGAAGAAGAAGGACGGCAAGAUGCACUACGAGUGCAACGUGUGCUGCAAGACCUUCGGGCAGUUGAGCAACCUCAAGGUCCAUCUGCGUACCCAUUCCGGCGAAAGACCCUUCAAGUGCAAUGUGUGCACGAAGAGCUUCACCCAGUUGGCGCACCUGCAGAAGCAUCACCUGGUGCACACGGGCGAGAAACCGCAUCAGUGCGACAUCUGCAAGAAGCGAUUCUCGAGCACCUCCAAUCUGAAGACUCACCUAAGGCUCCACAGUGGCCAGAAGCCGUAUGCCUGCGACCUGUGCCCCCAGAAAUUCACGCAGUUUGUGCAUCUCAAGCUGCACAAGAGGUUGCACACGAACGACAGGCCGUACGUGUGCCAGGGGUGCGACAAGAAGUACAUCAGUGCAUCGGGCUUGAGGACCCACUGGAAGACCACCAGCUGCAAGCCCAACAACCUGGAGGAGGAGCUGGCCAUGGCAGCAGCGGCUACCUCGGAGUGUUUGGAUAAAGACCAUCCCGAGCCGGACUCCCGAGAAGCCUACGAGCAGCUGACGCAGCACAUGCAUCCUGGUGUGCACCCGGGACUGAGACAUCUCUCGAAUGGAGGACAAUCGCCACCACGCCUGAUACCCCUGGGCAACCACAUGGCGCCGCAGCAGCCACAGCAGCCGCACCAGCAGCAGCAACAUCAGCAGCCACCGCCCCACCUGCUGAUGGCCCAGCACUCGGUGGGUCCGGCCCCCAUGCUACUGACCACCGCCAGUCAGCUGCCUCCGCCGCCGCCGCACCACCAGCAGAACUCGCCCAGCCGCCUGCUGCAACACGGCCACCCACAUCCGCUGCAAUUGCAGCAGCAACAGCAACAGCAGCAGCAGCAACACUCGCCCAAGGGACUCAAAUCCCUGCCGGAGUCGGGGGCGUAUCUGCAUGGCCAGCACGUGCAGGCCCAGGAGAGCAGGCCGUCGGUCAUCGAGUCCUCCAACCAGCCCAUGAUCAUCGAGUGCACGUAGGCGAUGUGCGACAUGGCACACCACAAAGGCAAGCAGCAGCUGCAGACCAGAGGAAGUGAUGGAAUCCAAGUGCAAUAAAAUCAAAUAGAGUUAAGAACAGACAGGCGGACAGACAGACGGUACCCCCAAAAACAAAAGCAGCACAAGUAAACGUAGAGUAUUAUUAAAUAGUUGUAUAUAGUUCAAGAUCCCCCGUAAAUUUUGAUCCCCCGCCCCCAACUGAAAUUGAUAACUCAUUUCGCGCUAUGAAAACUAGAUCUCACCAAUUGGCAAUCCCAUGAAUUCUUCUUCUCAUCAUUAUCAGCAUGGCAGGAGAGCACUAAAGGCAUAUUAUUUUUGAUAAAUAUUUUAUAUAUACACACCGUGCAGCGGAAAGGACGUGUAGAAAUUGGUCAACAGGAAGCGAUUGUUAAGGGGAGAAUAAACGGAGCCGGCAGCAGAAGAGAAUUUGCGGAAAACCGAGACGAGAGAGAAAAUGCAUUUAGUUUUGACUUUCGAUGAUUUUCCAGUUCUGAUUUGUUCUCUCACCCCCUCUGUUUGUUUGUUUGUUUGUUGAGGCGCGCACCCUUAGACGUAGGCUACACAAAAGUUACAAGUUAGAGGAUACAUAAGGAUACAUUUACACAUACAAUACAUAGAUUCAAGUUGCCUUAUUUGAAUUUCGUUAGCACUGAUAGACCCGCGAUAAAGCCGUAACCGAAAACAUUUGCUUAGAGUCGAUCACCUCUGGACAGUAGGAACAGGCGUGAGAAGCUUAUAUACGUAUUUUAUAUAUGAAUAUAUCAUUAUUAUACAUACGGAUAUAUAUAUAUUUAUAUGUAUUUUAUUAAAUAUACACAACCGGAACAGCAGCAACAAACAAAGGAUAACAUGAUAGCAAAACUGUACAUAGGAGGACCUUAUUUCGGCAUCUGUUGAACUAGUAUCGCCUAGCUAUAGAUAACUACGUAGACCACUAGGGGUUACCAUUACCAUUAUCAUUAUUAUGAUUACUAUGAUUAUUACGAAAAAGAACACAUACAAACUAAGCAACAAACGAAAAAAACGUAAAGAAAACUUAGCUGAAAAUCGGUGCUUUUGACUGUUUCCAUUUGUCCACAUUUACAUUUACGAUUGUAUUUGUAUUUCGAAACAUAUGAAUUAUAUUGUAAACACACUAAAUAUAUAUAAAUAUAUACACGUUAGAAUAACACUCUAGGAUACUUCCCCCCAAAAACACUACUUUGCGCCUUAAUCAUUCAACCUUCCUCCAACUCCCUUAACCACAAACAAAACCGAAUCCAAAAAAUUUGCUCGUAUUGUACUUUACCAAAAUUACGCUCUCAAUUAGUCUUCGUUUUCGUCUGAAUAUUAUAUAUGAAAUCUUUAGCUAAACAUAAGCUUAUAAUCUUAAUGAGGCUGACUAGCUUUAAGUAUCGAUAUAACUCUAUUUAGCGCCUAUUAUAGAGCUAGCCACUAAGGUCUGUAUAUUAAAGGCUGGGCCCCGAGCUCGGCCUCGAUCUGUAAGACACAACACCAAUUCGUAAUGUUAAGUAUUUGUCUUGUAAAGUACUAGAUGCGGGGGUGGGGAGUUCGGGGAGAUUCUCAAGAAUCCCGACAAUUGAGACUAAGACUAUGCAAAAGUUUUUGUAUUUUUGUAUUUGAUACAAAGCAAGCAGGAGCUAGGAGAAGUGCGACGAUGAGAUGUUUUAGCCACGUAAGGUCUAUGCUAAGCUAGCCCUAAGAUUUCUAAGCAUAUGCAAUAUUUAUAUAUAUACGCAUAAUAUUUCUAAAGAACGCAGAACGCAGAAAAGAUGAGACAUGCCUACAUACAUGGAAAAUAUAAAAGAAGAUAAUCAAAAUUAUACAAAAACACAAAAUUGAUUUUUUAUUUCUCGUUUGGUUUUAAUCUCACGUUUGUUGGUUGUGCAAUCAUCUAUUUAUUUAUUGUUUCAUUUUGUGCAAUACUUCGCGAACUUGUCUUUUCAUAUUGUUUGGCCAUUACUUUAUAGACUUGCAAUUUUCUCAACAGUUACAGAAAUCGACUAAAAUAAGAGACAUACAUAAUACUUUCCUAUUUGUGAGACUGAAUGAAUUACUAUAUAUACAAUACUCGUAACUCAUAGAAAAGACACCCAGGCCCGGCAGUAGGCGCUUUCUAUAGGGGGACUGCUGUUGGCUUGAGGGACCCCAGACAUUUCGAUAUAUACUUUACCGAACCUUUUGUUUGAGCAAGCAUUGUAAUAUACUACGAUACGAAUACGGAUACAUCUAGGUAUAUAGAUAUAUAUUUAUACAAGGCACACAUAAAUACGUAGUCGUAGAGAGCUAUAGCUAUAGCUAUUUAGACAUACGAACAACCAAUGGCCUAUGGUUAAAGCGCCCAACUUUGUACAGCAAUUGAAAUCUGUUUCAGGAUUCAAGGAACGUGACGACACAACGUAAAUUUAAAUGGAGAAUAAAUGACUGCUUCUUAGUGUUAUAAGUGACUCUGAUUUAGGUCGAACACACUCACACACCCACACACUCACUCACACACACACAAAUGAUUCAAGGAUCAAUUCUAGAAAUCAAAUCCAAAUAUAUAUUCCAUUAUAUAUUCAAUAAGUCUAUCGUAAACCUUUAUUGCAAUCAAUAUUUCAAAUGUAUGAAUCUAUAUAAUUACAAUUAUCUAUAAUUCAGCCCUAUAUAGAUCGUGUAGAGCCUUUGUUAUACAAGUAUGUCCUAUGAAAUUGUUUCCCCCACUCUCUCUCAUAAACACAAAAUGUACAAAAUUGGUUCUCAUAAAUAAUUACAAAUUAGAAAAGGAAACAACAAAAACGCAGCGAAUUUUAUUUGCAAUCAGCGCUAAGCCCAAUUGAAAUUGCAAUUAAAACUAAUCAUUUUUAAAUUCGAGAUGGAGAUUGAGUUUCUGUUUAAGCCCACUUGAAAAAAAAUGUUGAUUUUUACGAGCCUCGAGAUAUGUACACGCUUAUAUAUCACUCACCUCUUAUACCACAAUAAACGAAAUAAUUGACUAUAUGCAUAUUUAUACGCCAAUUACAUGCGAAACUUCUAAGAAAAUAAAAGUUUAACAACCAAAUUGAGCAGAAAACAAGAAUUAUCUAAUUAUUUGAAUGCAACUUAAAUUCCUAUUAAUUAUAUAUGAAAUAUCUCUAUAAAAUAUCUCUAAAGAAUCACAAUUAAUA